UCAGUAUCUCAAGUGCUUGUGCAACAGUGUGUUUAAUGAACAAAUAGUUGCUCUUCAAUAUCAUUUUUUUAACCUGAAUUUUGCUCACUUUGAAAUCUUGCUUCAACAAAUGUACAUCAAAGUGCGUUCUAUCAGAUCUUCAAGAUUCUUCAUUAGACUAGACCAUUCAUGCCUAUAUUUAACUUGUUGAAGAAUAAUUAAACUGAAUUUACAACUGUUUUAUAAAUUGCAAUUAUUUGAAUAAAAUCUUGUUUGGAUACAAAAGUAUAUUGCAGAUUUACACACUAUUUUUGGAAAGAAGAUUGUUUGCUUAUGAUAUAAUGAUGAAGCCCAAAUUAGGGCUCUUAGUUAGACAUCUAUCUGAUUUCUGGUGGAAAAAAUCACAAAACCAAAUUAGUACUUCUGUGAAGAAAUUUGCUGGGAAUGCAUUGCCUGAUUUAACGGCUGUCAGAUACAAAGUAAAACGGGGGCCUUAUGAUGAAAUCACAGGAACCCAUGUCAAGUUCUUUGAACAGCUUCUAGGACAGAGUCGAGUGAUCACAGACCCAACUGAGUGUGAUGGGUACAAUGUGGAUUGGGUUAAGACGGUCAGAGGAAAAAGUAGAUUAGUUUUGAAACCUAAAACAACUGAAGAAGUAUCAGCAGUUUUGAAAUACUGUAAUGACAAUCGUUUAGCGGUAUGUCCUCAAAGUGGAAACACCGGAUUAGUGGGGGGAAGUGUUCCAGUUUUUGAUGAAAUAGUUCUUUCAAUGAAAAUGUUGAAUAAAAUUAUUUCUACUGAUCAAUUGACAGGUGCAUUAGUAUGCGAAUCAGGAUGUGUAUUAGAGACUUUGGACAAUCAUUUAGAACAGUAUGGGUUUAUGAUGCCUUUAGAUCUUGGUGCUAAAGGAAGUUGUCUCAUAGGAGGGAACUUAUCGACAAAUGCUGGGGGUCAGAGGCUAUUAAGAUAUGGAAAUUUACAUGGAUCUGUUUUGGGACUUGAGGCCGUUACUGCUGAUGGCCGUAUAAUUGAUUGUAUCAACACUUUAAAAAAAGAUAACACUGGAUAUCAUCUUAAAAAUUUAUUUAUCGGUUCGGAGGGUACUUUAGGAAUAAUUACAAAAGUUUCAAUAAGUUGUCCCACUCGUCCUAAAGUUCAAAAUGUAGCAUUUCUUGGUCUUAAGAAUUUUGACAAUGUACUGAACACUUUUGUGCUGGCUAAAAAAGAGUUAGCUGAAAUUCUAUCAGCAUGUGAAAUGAUGGACUUUAAUUCUAUGGGUAUCAGCACGGAUCUUUUAAAAUUACAACGACCAUUGACCACUGAACAUAAGUUUUACAUGCUCAUUGAAACCUCAGGAAGUAAUUCAAGUCAUGAUGAAGAAAAGUUAACGACUUUUAUAGAAAAAGCAAUGUCACAGAAAUUUAUUGAUGAUGGAACCCUUAGUAGUGAUCCUACAAAAAUGAAGCACAUGUGGUCUGUUCGAGAAAGAUUAGGAGAAGGUUGUCUUUUAGAUGGAUAUUGCUUCAAAUACGAUGUUUCCUUACCACUUCCUUGCUUUUACAAGCUUAUUGAAACCCUUCAUGAUCGGCUAGAUUUGUCUCGGGUCGUUCGGAUCAGUGGAUUUGGUCAUUUAGGCGACGAGAACCUGCACGUGGUGGUGGCAACGCCUGAGUACGAUUCAGAGAUUGAAGCUCAACUUGAACCUUUUCUCUUCGAGUAUGUAUCACAACAACAUGGAAGUGUAAGUGCUGAGCAUGGCAUCGGUUUCAAGAAAACAAAGUAUCUAAGUUACAGCAAAGAUGCAUCUGCGAUUGAACUUAUGAAACAAUUGAAAAAAACAAUGGAUCCAAAUGGAAUUCUUAAUCCCUACAAAGUCUUGCCACUUUAUUAGAGUAUCGAUUCUCUUUCAAUGACUGUAAUGCAUUUACAUGCACUUUUUAGAACGUGUAUUGUGAUAGAAUCAAUUGAUUAACUAUUUGUAUUAAUUGUUUAUAAUUAUUGAGUACUCUUAGUCAAUGACGAAAAAGGCAUCUAUGGAUAAACAGUCAUUUUUAUCCAUUUAUUAUUCACUUAGAAAUGUUGAUCAAAUACUUUGUAUCUUUAAUGUUUAGCUAAAAGAGAAUUUUAAUAUCAAUUUAAGAAGAAAUCGGUUGAAAUUGAAUUCGGAAUUUAAGGAUAAUGAGACGAUUGCAAUCUCUUAUAUAUCGAUAUCUUUUAGGAAAGAAUUAAUAUGAAAUUACAGCUCAUAAAUUAUUGAAUUAAUUAUAUAUAAUUAUGUGAAUAUAGAAAACAAAAAGUAAUUAUAAAUAAUAUGGGCUGUGAAUUGUUAAAAAGUUGAUUCAGCUUGAUUAAAAAUUUGUGUAAGGUUAGAAUAGUUUCUUUAUACAUUCCAUUAAUAAAUACUCAUUUAUCUAUACAAAAAUAGAUAAAAAAAAUUAACAAAAAAAAACGGUGAAACGUAAACAAGCAUUAAAAUGACGAAUGGAAUUUCUAGAUCAGGCAGCAGGUAUGCUCCAUUUGUAGUCGCAGUUGUGAACUAUAUAUUGUGUAUUGCGCAAUCGAUAAAACGUGCGCAGAACGUAUGUGUGCGUGUCGUAAAGCAAGAGAAAUUCUCCCCUUUGCUUUACACAUCGUCUCUUGAGCUUAGUAUUUGGCAAAACCAAAACAUACAAUUUUCUUUACGCUCACGUAUAUGCUCGUUUAGUUUAUUUGUUAUUUCUUGUUGAUUUAUCUUACAGAAAUGAAGAUAGAUAUAGAAAAUUUUAUUAUUUUUUUUUUAAUGUUUUUAUUUAGAAAUGACUAAAAAUAUAUAUUUAAAUCAAUAUUUUUAUAUAUUUAUUAUUAUAAAUUACUUGUAUAAUAUUAGAAAGUUUGUAUAAUCAAUAUCUGUUUAAUGAUUAUGUUAUUUGAGUACCAGAAAUUCUUGGGAAAGUUAAAUUAUACAGAAACAAGAUAUUGAUCGCAGGAUAAUAUUGGAAUAUGAUUUUGCGAUGGCCAUUAAAUAUUUAUAUCAUGAAGGUUAAACUAAAAAAUUCAAUUUAUCAUUUCAAAUAAUCGUAAAACUGUAUCAAUUGUAAUAAAUUAAAAUAAUAUACCUGAAAA